AUGGCUCGCACGUUCCUCAUCUGCUUGGUGCUCGUCAUCCUCGUCGCACCAUCCGUUUUCGCCCGCAAACACCCCGGAGGCGGUGGCCAUCAUACCCGCAACGGCACGCGCACUGGAGGACACCACAAGGGCGGGCACCACAAGAGCGGUGGGGACAGCACGUCAGGCCUAACCAGCAGCAAGGGCGUCACGGCAGCCAAGGCCUGCAAAAAGUCGUCGCUGGGAUACAAGGCGUCAGUCGACCUCACCGGAAAAGGGCUGCUUUUCCACUGGACGGUCUCUGGCUCGACCCUCAACGCCGCGAUUGAAGCCAAGUCCACUAGCGGCGCCAACAAGGGCUACGUCUCCGUCGGCUUCUCUUCGAACGGGAAAAUGUACCCCGCGGACGCGGUUGUGGGCAUAAACGGAGGCUCCACUACAGCGUACAAACUGACCUCGUACAGCUCGUACACGCCCAGCAAGACUUUCUCGCAGACCAGCCUGCAAGCGACCUCCAGCAGCCUUGUCGUAAAAUUCUCUCGGCCGGCCAAGGGAGGUCUCGUGAACAUCAACCUAAGUGGCAAGAACAACGUCAUCUGGGCGUUCGGAAAGAACAAGAAGUUCGAGGCUCACACUCCGACCGACCGUGGUUCCAAGUCCGUGGACCUCUCAUGCGUCGCCUGA